GUCAGGGGAUAUUUCGCAACUGACUGAGCACAACCGACAAAGCUAAGCUGAAUAUAAAAUAACAUCCUCUUUAGUUUAUGACGAAGGGGAUUCAGGACACCGGUCAGCUUUAAUCAUUGUCAACCCUUCAUCCCUCGCUAGGAUUCAAACAUAAAGUUUAUAUGCGCUCAGAGUUAUGGUCUUUAUUUUUCCCAUGGUCCACUCGAGGGUUUGUUUCGUAGACACUGGAAUAUUAUGCGUUUUUCCUUGUGAGAUAUUUCCGCCUAUUAUGGGUGCAUCGUGAAAACCCUCCACUUUUGAAGGGGGGAAGCCACCCUCACCUGACACCGAAAGUCAAGCUCUGCUGUGAUUGGACGCGGAAGUCGACUACACGUCUGUACGGUGUCAGCUUUCACAGGUCUCUCGCCGUGUAACACACAGCAUUCUCGUCUGUGGUGUUACGAGGGUUAACUCACUGUAAGUGUUGUCAGCGCCAGGUGAGCACAAACUACAUUCACCCAGCAACGGACGGAGUUGUGUUUGUCUGCUUCCUCCCUUUCCCCUCGCUUCGUAGUUAUUUGUUGUCAACGGUGGUGGAAAACCCAUCGGGCUAAUCUUGACACCGGACAUGACCCGCAAGAGGUCAGGUUACUGACUCGAUCGACAGCACAGUGUGCCUGGCUCUGUUUUUAAAAUAUUUUUGUAAGUCGUCGGAAAAAAAGUGUAUCGAUCAGAAAUGUAAACGAGCCACGUUUCCCAUCGGAGCUGUGUUGCGAGGAUUUGCGAGAAGGUCUACUGGAAUCUUUGGGUGCCACUCGACGGGCAGAGGGCUGGGUGACCCUCACCGCGAGUGUCCACUGUCCACGCGCACCUAACGCACUCGUGUCCCCUGGGGAGCCACCAUGGGGGCGAGACAAGCCAAGCCCAGCGAGGAUCGGAAGGAUAACUCCAAACGACUUCCGUCCAAGAAAGAUCUGAUCAACGGGCCCUCACCUGAACUGCUCACCGCCGGCAUCAGCCCCGGGAAGACAGACCCUCGAGGUGAUGGGUCAAAGCGUCCGCUGCCGCCGCCACCACCACCUAAAGCGCCCAAAGAAGAGGCAAAGACUGUGCUGGCUAUGUACGACUUCGAUGGAAUCAACAACGAUGACUUAAGCUUCAAGAAAGGAGACCGUUUGAAACUGGAGAGUAACAAUCAAGAAGGUGAUUGGUGGAUAGCAGUGAACCAACGAACUGGAAAGAAAGGCUAUAUCCCUUGUAAUUAUGUUUGCCAGGAUGAUAAUCUCUGGAAUCUCAAGACUGGUGGUUUGAGUGCGACCGCAAGAAAGCAGACCGACUGUUAGCCAUGCCUGGAAAUGGAGAAGGAACUUUCCUUGUUCGAAAAUCGAGUGG